CCCGUGCUGGUAUCUGGUGUCCAUAAGAAGUUGAAGUCUGAGCUUUGGAAACCAGAAGCUUUCAGCCUGGAAUUUGGAGAUCAAGAUGUAGAUUUGGUGAACUGCAGGAACUGUGCCAUAAUUUCAGACGUGAAAGUGCGUGACUUCUGGGAUGGCUUUGAGAUAAUAUCUAAACGGCUCAGAUCAGAAGAUGGUCAGCCAAUGGUACUAAAGUUAAAGGACUGGCCUCCAGGGGAGGACUUUAGAGAUAUGAUGCCUACAAGGUUUGAGGACUUGAUGGAAAAUCUUCCUCUUCCUGAAUAUACCAAGAGGGAUGGCAGACUGAAUUUGGCUUCUAGGCUGCCCAGCUACUUUGUCCGUCCUGACUUGGGUCCCAAAAUGUACAAUGCCUAUGGCUUAAUUACUGCAGAAGACAGACGAGUUGGUACCACAAACCUGCACUUGGAUGUGUCUGAUGCUGUUAACGUCAUGGUGUAUGUUGGGAUUCCCAUUGGGGAAGGCACCCAUGAUGAUGAAGUUCUGAAAACAAUUGAUGAGGGAGACGCUGACGAUGUAACAAAGCAGCGAAUCCACGAAGGACGAGAGAAACCUGGAGCAUUGUGGCACAUCUAUGCUGCCAAGGAUGCUGAAAAGAUACGGGAACUUCUCCGGAAGGUUGGAGAAGAACAAGGCCAAGAAAAUCCCCCAGAUCAUGACCCCAUUCAUGACCAAAGUUGGUACUUGGACCAGACCUUACGUAAGCGACUCUAUGAUGAGUAUGGUGUACAAGGCUGGGCAAUAGUGCAGUUCCUUGGAGAUGCUGUGUUCAUUCCUGCAGGUGCUCCCCAUCAGGUCCAUAAUUUGUACAGCUGCAUUAAAGUUGCAGAAGAUUUUGUGUCUCCAGAGCAUGUGAAGCACUGCUUCCGUCUGACCCAGGAGUUCAGGCACCUGUCUAAUACUCAUACAAACCACGAAGAUAAACUGCAGGUGAAGAACAUUAUCUACCAUGCAGUGAAAGAUGCUGUUGGCACACUGAAAGCUCAUGAAUCCAAACUAGCUAGAUCGUAGGAACUGCUAAUUCCAAAUGCCCUGUGAAGUAAGCCUUUUGCUCACAGUAUAUCCAGGGACUGCACACGACUGCCUCUGCAGGAGCAGAGGCUUCUCACUAAGAGCUGGUGUGGUCAGUAUUGCACACACUCUUCAGCCACUGUUUUCUAUGCUGCCUCAACACUGAAGGUCUAAUGGAAGGUUGCACUGUUACAUGCAGAAUUCCAGAUUCUAACAAAAGGUGCCAUGUCCCUUUCCUGUGGCCUUUUGCAAAUUCUAAGAACACGGAAACCACUUGGUGUUCCUGCAUAUUAUGAUUAGAAAUGGUAUAAAGAGUGUGGAUGGUUUUUUUUCCUCAUGCCUAGUUAGUCUCCACAAAGUUAGAAGGAAUGUGCUGGAGGUGGUUUGUCCUACUGCAGACUUAGUUGAUAGCUGCUGAAGGAGUGUGACCAACAGUAGCCCAACUGCAGAAAUUUAAGCAAACUUUCCAUGUGAGAUACAGGCCAAGGAAAAGAAUAAAGCUAUUCUCUGCACUCCCCUUCUUGUAGCCGUUUCUCUAUACACUGUAGAGUUGCAGAAAUAAAGGGAGAACCCACUUUUUUUUCCCCAGGAGACUCCAGAAAUAGGAGGGUUGUGUAUUUAGUGAAAAACUAGGUUUGUAGUGAAACAGUUAAUAUUUCAUGAAAGUAGAUAUUUUUAGUAUUUUUGAAGUACCACAAUUGUUCCUGGAUUUUCAAGGAAAGGCGCAUUACAUUUAGUCUUCCUUUCAAUAAAAUCAAGAAGUGAUUUUUAGAAAGCAGUCCAAAAUAGCACAAGAACAGCCAAAGGAGAGUGAAUAGAAAUUGACACCCCACCUCCCUUGCCCAUAUUCCUCACCCAUCUUUCCCCCUUCUCCCUGUGCCACCCUACUUCCUCAGAAUGAGAAGUUAAAAGGAGUAUGAACUCUGAUCUCGUGUGGAGAUGUUGUACAUCUUUCCCUGCGCUGGUGACUGCAGGCAAUAGUUCACCUAAAGCCAGUGCUAGCUGAAAACAUCUAUCCUUUCCAAAGUGAAGGAAAAGUUAACUUUCAGUGUCAAGUUUGUCCAGAACUAUUUUAAGUAAAAUGUUCCUGCUUGAUAGAACUGUAUUCAGAAUUUACUAAUGUCAGCAUUGAUGCAAUGGAUUUCAUUGUCCGGGUACAUGGGGAAAUGUAUCUACCUUAUAUCCAGCUGUACUGUAGAGCCACCUGCAGGCCUGUUAAUAUGUUCACGGUUAUUUCAUUUUUUAAAAAAUAAAAGUCAUUUACUGUAA